AUGACAACACCUCCGUGCCCUCUCCCGGCUACUCUGCAGCCGUCGAUCCAUGGCCUUUCCCAGAUAACGAGCAGCCUGUUCCUCAGCAAUGGUGCGGCUGCAAACAACAAAUUCCUGCUGUCUGCCAACCACAUCACCACCAUCAUAAAUGUUUCUGUGGAGGUGGUCAACACUGUCUACGAGGACAUUGAAUAUGUGCACGUGCCGGUGGCCGACUCUCCCAGCUCGUGUCUUUACAGCUUUUUUGACUCUGUUGCUGAUCACAUCCACAGCGUGGAAAUGAAGCAGGGCCGCACGCUGCUGCACUGUGUUGCGGGAGUGAGCCGCUCCGCCGCUCUCUGCCUCGCCUACCUGAUGAAGUACCACUCCAUGUCGCUGCUGGACGCUCACACCUGGACCAAGUCGUGCCGCCCCAUCAUCCGGCCCAACAACGGCUUCUGGGAACAGCUUAUCAAUUAUGAAUUCAAGUUAUUCAGCAAGAACACCGUGCAGAUGAUCAACUCCCCGGUGGGUGUCAUCCCCGAUAUCUACGAAAAGGAUGUCCAUUUGAUGAUGCCGGUGUGAACCAUCCCGACCAGCCCCUGACAUCUGCUGCUGAUGCUCCACCAACGUAGAACUCGAACAUUGAACUCUGAUUGGUAAAGAAAACUACAUGAUGCCUUUUAGAAGGGCAAGUGAAAAAGGAGGGUUGUUGGAGUUUUCAGCUUAGUGAAGCUUAUCUCCUAAGA